AAGCUGUGGCUCUGUGGCACCUGCGCAGAAGGGUGCGUUAAGAUGGAAGUUGCUGGAGGAGAAGGCUGUGAGGAGACGGUGGUGUUUCUCUGAGAUGAAAUACGUAAUCACUUUUAUUUCAGAGAUUCCGUGGGAUUGUAGCUGGGACUGCACUACAAUGCACAAGAGGGGAAAUGAAGACAGACAGAAUGAAGAAGGAGAAAGGAUUUUGCAGGCCAACAAUAGAAGGUUCAACUCUCUUUUUGAGUAUCCGGACAAUUCCAUCAAGACAUCAAAGUAUGGUUUCUUUAACUUCCUGCCCAUGAACCUGUUUGAACAGUUCCAGAGACUUGCAAAUGCUUAUUUCCUCAUUUUGCUGUUCCUACAGUUGGUCCCAGAGAUCUCUUCCCUGGCCUGGUACACAACUGUGAUACCCCUGAUUGUGGUGCUGUCCAUAACUGGAGUGAAAGAUGCCGUCGAUGAUGUGAAAAGACACCAAAGUGACCAGCAAGUCAACAACCGCUCUGUUUUGAUCCUGGCGAAUGGCAGGGUUGAGGAGGACAAAUGGAGGAAUGUCCAAGUGGGGGACAUAAUAAAGCUGGAGAGCGACCGUCCCGUUACCGCAGAUGUACUGUUACUCUCUAGCAGUGAGCCCUACGGUCUGACAUACAUUGAAACGGCAGACCUGGAUGGUGAAACCAACCUGAAAGUGAAGCAGGCCAUCUCCGCUACCUGUGACAUGGAGGAUAACCUGGAGCUGCUGUCUGCCUUUAAUGGAGAAGUUAGAUGCGAGCCUCCCAAUAACAAGCUGGACAAGUUUUCUGGAACACUGAGCUACCUGGGGGACACCUACUUACUGGACUCCGAGAGGCUCCUGCUCCGGGGCUGCAUCAUCAGGAACACAGACUGGUGCUAUGGUUUGGUCGUUUACACUGGGCCAGACACCAAAUUAAUGCAGAACAGUGGACGGUCUACCUUCAAACGAACACAUAUAGAUCAUCUCAUGAAUGUCCUUGUGCUCUGGAUUUUCUUGCUUUUAGGCGGAAUGUGUUUUCUGCUGGCGAUUGGACAUGGCAUUUGGGAGAGCAACAGAGGCUACCACUUCCAGGCAUUUCUCCCAUGGGAGCACUAUAUUACUUCAGCAGCUACAAGUUCUUCCCUCGCCUUCUGGUCCUACUUCAUAGUGCUCAACACCAUGGUACCCAUUUCCCUCUAUGUCAGUGUGGAGAUAAUAAGACUGGGGAACAGUUACUACAUCAACUGGGAUCGGAAGAUGUUUUAUGCCCCAAAGAACACCCCAGCACAGGCUCGCACCACCACACUUAACGAGGAGCUCGGCCAGGUGGAAUACGUGUUCUCUGACAAAACAGGAACCCUGACUGAGAAUGUGAUGAUUUUCAAGAAAUGUUCUAUCAAUGGGAAGACCUAUGGUUGUUCCUACGACGACAAUGGACAGUAUGUGCCAAAAUCUCCAGUGAGUAGUUACAGUUCCUUGUGACUUACACAUGGGAAGUCAGGACAGACGUGUCUUACACAGUGCUGUCUAUUCCUGAAAUAAUGAGAUUUUAGUGGCCUAAUAUUUUUUU